CUUUCCACAAACGUCAUCACUGCACGCCCACCUAACGUCAUCCAUACUCGCCGAGGAAGCAUGGCGACUUAGGUGGCAAGCGGCGCGGGAUGCUAACGGGUUUACGGUGAUUUCUUUACGUACAGAAAGACUUUUACAGAUUCCCAGUGAGUUGAACUGACACCACCUCCACGCGUUAGUCGAUCAUUCAUAUUUGUAUGCUGUGACGAAGCGGAUAUCGGGCCGCUGGAGCACCAUGACGCAGUGUGUGAAGGUCGCCUCUCUGGCUCUCUGCUCGGGCAGGAUUUCCUCCCCUCAGCUUCUCGCUGCUCGCUGCCGGGUUGUUUGCUCUGUCGGUCACACUCGUUUCUGUCGGACAUCCUCCUCAGAGGAGGUCGCGGUCAUCCGCGUUCCUCGCUCCAUGCAGAAGCUCGCCGACAGCGUGAAGCAGACACGAAGCAAAAACAAGAUCAGCACCAUCCGGGCAGGCAAGCUCCUGAUCCGGAGCAGGAACCCGGACCUCAACCAGUCUGCGGGGUACCUGCUCGGCAAGUUUGAGCAGCCUCGCCUCUGCUCCAAAGGAUGGAAACAUCCCAAAUCCUUCGGCGACUACUUCACCAUCAACAACACCAAGACCGUCGCACCCUGUGUCACUGUCCGGGAGGAAGCAGAACAGGAAACAGCAGUGACCUUUGAUAGCCUCCAUAUCUGCAGGGAGCUUGUGGAAGCGCUGCAUGGAGUCAACAUCACCCAUCCCACCACUGUGCAGCAGCAGACCAUCCCAAAGGUCAUGAUGGGGCACAAUAUUCUUUGUGCGGCAGAGACGGGCAGUGGUAAAACUUUGAGUUACCUCCUGCCCGCCAUUCACAGACUGCAGGCGGAUAGGAAAUCACAGAGGUUCCCUGGGAGCUCGCACAAAGUUCACACCCUGGUUCUCGUGCCUUCCAGAGAGCUGGCAGAGCAAGUGGCCGCUGUUUCCCGGGCCCUGUGCACCCCGUUCGGCUUGCUGACGAGGACUCUUGGUGGUGGGCGAGGUGUGGGACACAUCAAGGUGGUCUUCAAGAAUAAUCAUCCAGAUAUUUUAGUGGCCACGCCAGGUGCUCUGGUCAAGGCCCUGCGGAGACGCUGCCUGGACUUUGGUGAGCUAAGCUUCUUUGUGGUGGACGAGGCCGACACCAUGUUCGACCCUAGUUUUUCCGAGAUGCUGGAGAGCAUCCUGAGCCAUGCAAACAUUGCCAGCAAUCCCAGGCAAGCACAGGGCCUGGGGCGCAAAGCCCAGUUGCUGGUGGUGGGGGCUACCUUCCCCGGUGGUGUCGGGGAAGUGCUCCGCCAGGUGACUGACCUCGGCAGCAUGGUGGUCAUCAAGAGUAAGAUGCUGCACUUCCUCAUGCCGCACGUCAAGCAGACCUUCAUGAAGGUGAAGGGUGAGGACAAAAUCCUGGAGCUCCAUCAAGCCCUGAAACUGCUCCAACAAGACAAAGGAGGGGGCUCUGUUCUGGUGUUCUGCAACAAGUCUGCCACCGUCAACUGGUUGGGCUACUCCCUGGAGGAGAUGGGGGUUAAGCAUUUACGUCUGCAAGGGGAGAUGCCGGCCGCCGUGCGUGCAGGAAUCUUCCACUCUUUCCAGAAGGGCACGGCGGAUGUGCUGAUUUGCACAGACAUUGCCUCCCGCGGCCUAGACACAUCGCGUGUGCGCUUGGUUGUCAACUACGACUUCCCAGAAUCUCACACUGACUACAUCCACAGGGCUGGCCGAGUGGGGAGAGCAGGUGGGGUGGAGGAUGGGGAGGUACUCAGCCUGGUGACUCAUCCGUGGGAUGUGGAGCUGGUGCAGAAGAUAGAGACUGCCGCUCGUAGGAGAACUAUUUUACCGGGGAUGAAUUCUGAAAUCGAUGAACCAAAAUCCAAAGUACUAGAGUUAGAAGAGUAGAAGACAUUUGUAAGAAGGUACAUACGUGGAAAAGCUGCCUGUGAAAUUUACCAUUGUGUGUAAUGUUGUGACACGCCAAUUUUGCACACACUUAUGUAUGAUGAUGGUAUGAUUUUCUGCAGGAAAAGUAAACAAGCACUCACUCAACAGUGUGAUGUUCCAUAAUUUUGAAGCACUGUCAAGCCAAGUGUCUAAUGUAAAUGAUUGUUUGCACAAAUGAUUUUGCUGGGCAGUUACUUUUUUUUCAGCAUCUAAUGCAGUAUGUGUGUUAAAAGGUUUUAAAUUAAAAGUAAAACCUAAAUGCAUUUUCUUCUCAUCUUGUUUUGUUUACAUCAGCUUUGAAACAAAACCUUUAAUGUUUGAUAUUAUUAGAACGUAUCGGCCA